AUGGACACCACACCCAACAGCGACACCACGCUAAAUCCUAUGGUACAUGACCCUGUUAUCGCUACUCUCAGGCUCCAGGAGUUUUGGCAGGCGGAAUCUGUACUGUGGUUUCUGAGCGUCGAGCCACUAUUUCAACGACACCAGAUAACAUCGCAAACAGCGUGGUACAGUUACGUCAUCGGUGCUUUCCUACCUGCGGUCAUCGCCAUCUUAAGAGACAUUCUGUGUUCUUUACCCCCUGACAACCCCUACGACACACUUAAAGACGAGCUCAUACACUGCACAACUGAGUCGGAACAGUGUAGGCUGCAGCAGCUACUCACUUCGGAAGAACUAGGUGACCGAACGCCUAGGGAGCGUCUGCUUCGCACGCGACACCUGAUUGGGGACCACUCUGCUGCAUUGGACGCAUCCAUCUUACGCAAACUCUUCCUACAGCGACUGCCACAGCAGGUGCGGAUGAUUUUGAGCCUAUCGUUUACAGAUACCCUCGACUCGCUAGCGUGGAUCGCCGACAAGAUAAUGGAUAUCGGUGUGCCGUCAUUAUCUUGA